AUAGGUGGGAGCAGAUCCAAACAUUUGUGGUUCAAAGGGAAUGACUCCUUUAGGAUUUGCAGCUUCUGAAGGGGAAACAGAAUUAAUUAAAUGCCUACUGAAUGCUGGAGCUGAUCCAAAUGUUACCAACACUUUAGGGAUAACACCAGUUGAACAAGCAGCGUUGAGUGGUAACCGUCGAGGUGUUUUGAUUCUUUUUCCUGAAACUUCUCCUGUUCCUACUGUUUCGGAAUGGAGUGUUUUUGGACUAUUUAAGCAUGUUUGCGCUGAUGGGGCUAGAGAAGAGAAAAAGAGGAAGUCAUUGGAGCUAUUUUUGCCUCAAAGUCAAAUGGAGCGGAGGUCUUCAACCAAAAGGGGUUAUUUUGGUGCAAUACAGUGGUAUACAGAGGCUAUCUUUAUCAACCCUACUGAUGCAGCUGUCCUUUCCAACCAAAGCCUCUGCUGGUCCCGAAUGAACGAAGGGGAGCUGGCUCUUGAAGAUGCUCAAGCUUGUAUUGCACUGAGGCCUGAUUGGCCAAAGGUUUUUUAUUAUAGGGCGGGUUCAGCAUGGAUGGUGUUGAAUAAGUUUGAGAAAGCUGCAGAUGCUUUUUAUCAUGGUUGGAAGAUGGAUAGAAAAAACAAGGAGAUUGAACGUGCUUUCCGGUAGUUUUCUUUCGAGGGUUUUGUUUGUCUAAAUAAACUAUUUCUUUCCUCCAGUUGCCAGUCAUGGAAUCUGCAAGUUUUCAUAUUUAUAAAGCAAAAUGAGAUUGUUGAAACUUAUGUAAUGCACACUGACAAACUCUUCAAACCCUUCUGUAAAUUCUCGUAUCCUGAUUUUCUGCUUGCCGUAUCCGUUCCUUUUCUAAUAAUUUACCUUAACCCCC